AUGAACUGGCCAACCUGGUUCAAAGUGGUCAACGUCGGUCUGAUCAGCUGUCUGACUUUCCUUACUCCCUUGGCGUCGUCUAUGUUCGCGCCUGGCGUGCCACAGGUCAUGAAAGAGUUCAACAAUAACGACGAUCUAAUCGCCGACUUUGUCGUCUCAGUCUAUGUUCUCGGCUUUGCACUUGGACCCAUGUUCCUCGCGCCUAUGUCCGAACUAUUUGGUCGUAUAUGGAUAUAUCACGCUACCAACGUCGGCUUCAUCGUCUUCAGUGUCUUGUGCGCCGAGAGCUCCAGCGUGAGCAUGCUUACUGCCUGUCGAUUCUUCCAGGGCCUUUUCGGUGCCGCGCCGAUUACGAUCGGCGCCGCGCUUGGAAUCUUCGCCCUGGCUCCAGUGCUUGGGCCUGUCAUCGGCCCAGUCGCAGGCGGCUUCCUCGUUGCUGCCAAGGGCUGGCGUUGGGUAUUCUGGGUUCUCGCAAUAGUCGGCGGUGCGCUGACUCUUCUCUGUCUCACUUUCUUGCGAGAGACGUAUGCUGCUGUUAUUCUCGAAACAAAGGCAGCUCGUCUCCGAAAACAAACAAACAACAGUAGCAUACGUUCCCAGAUGGAUCGGAACUUGAAUGUCAAGCAGCUUUUCUCGCGGGCUAUAGUUCGUCCCUGCAGGAUUCUCGUCUUCUCACCCAUUGUCAGUGCACUAUCGCUCUACAUGGGCGUAGUUUAUGGAUACCAGUAUCUCCUAUUCAGCACAUUCACCAAGGCCUUCGAGGAUCAGUACGGAUUCUCUACGUCCAUUGUCGGACUGACGUUCCUUGGUCUCGGAGUAGGCAACUUGAUUGGCCUUGCGGUCAUCAGCAGCCUCCUUGACAAGCAUCUCAGAGACGGGUCCAAGGUCACCGAAGCCAAUCCCAACGGCAAACGAAAGCCAGAGUACCGCCUCAUACCCCUCGGGUGGAGCUCCAUUUCACUACCGAUUGGGCUUUUCCUCUAUGGAUGGAUGGACAAUGCAGUACCAGCAGUCUUUCUCUGCAUCAUGUCCUAUCUUAUCGAUGCCUUUGGUGUGUACGCUGCCAGUGCUCUGGCGGCAAAUACAGUCGUCAGAAGCAUUUUUGGGGCUGUGCUGCCGCUCGCAGGGGCGCGUAUGUACAGUGUUCUUGGAUACGGAUGGGGCAACAGCCUGCUAGGUUUCAUUGCACUAGCUUUGAUUCCGAUUCCUAUUCUUCUGAACAGGUACGGAGAGACUCUGCGAAAGCGGUUCGAUGCAAGCCGCAUCUGA